AUGGAGGCUUCAGUUGUGCCACAUUCCCCUUGUUCUUCACUGCACAGUGUUUCUCUGCUAAGCAAGUCUUUUCCCCAACUGCCUAACCCACGAAGGAGAAGACAUGGGGGAAGAACCAGGGACCACUGGAAUACAGCCAGCCUUACUGGUGAUGAUUGGAGCUCUUACAGCCUGUCUUCAGCUGCCAGUAACAUUCUACUCCGCUCACCCCUGGAGUCUGCCAGUGGAAUACCCACUCCAGAUGAUACCAUACACUCAUUACCUUCAUGUGCACGAAGUUCCAGCAGAGCUGUACUGACUGUCAGCACCAGGACCACACAGGUUUUAAUGGCCAAUGAUAAGGCUUGCAGGCUCUUUGGAUAUAGCAGUAUGGAGUUAAUUGGAAUGGGUUUGUCCAGUUUGAUUCCUGCAUCCAGCCACCGAAUCUCCGAGGUUUUAGAGGAGGAGCUCACAGAAGCUGAUGGCAUUUCACGGGUACCUGGAGAAGUGGUUGAAGCAGUGCGCAAUGGAGGAGAUGUGGUCAUGCUGCGUUUGUGGAUACGCAGAGUACAGAGCCAAUGUCUGCUGUUCCUUGAGACGGCCCAGACUAUUACAACUGUUCUAUCAUUUCGGCAAGAUGGGAGAAUUGUUUCCUGUGAUCUAUCUUGUGCACAACUUUAUGGCUAUACAGACCCAGAGGAGGUUCUAGGGCACCACAUUACAGACCUAAUGCCAUCCGUUCAAGUCCCCCACCAUAAAAAAGAGAUGUCGCAGAGCAUCCAGCACCAGAAAGUUGUGGGUGUGUCACGUGAUGGUGUCACUUUUCCUCUUAGUCUGACUCUGAUAGAGGACUUUUCUGAAGGUGUAUCUUCAGUGGAAGAAUACUAUGGCAGUAUAACUGUCCUGUCCUCUAUCAGUGGCCUGAUCACCCUCCUUCCGGAUGGAUCCAUAAAAGGCUUGAAUGGAAAUUUUUCACACUUUCUCUUUGGAUAUGACAGAUCACAGCUACUGGGGAAGAAUAUUACUUUUCUGAUUCCUGGAUUUUACCAUCACAUGAGAAGUGCUGAAGAAGAUCCAUCGCUGUUAACACCUCCUGAGGAUCUACGAGCUCCAGCCAGAUCAUGUGAGGUCCUCUACGGUAGUGUGCCUGCUGCAGAGUCCUCUGUACAGAGAUGCAAAUCUAAUGAUCCUUUGGAAAGAGUUCAGCAUUCUUCUUGUCGUAUUGUAGUGAGCCCCUCAUCUCCUCAGUCUACAAGGACAGCUAUUGGGCAACACCAGUUUGCUUCCACAUCCCUUCCAGAUCAAUGCAGCCUGGGUAUGCCAGCAUGUUGCCUGUCUCCUGGAACUCCAACACAGGAUGAGCAGUGGGACAGAGGACCAGUAAUAAGGAGAUGCUUGCUGCAUGACCUCCUUCCAGGGGUGGAUAUGGAGCCUCUCACCCACUGUUUAAAAGGCUUGAGUUUAACUGGAAAUUACAAUCAGGAAAAAGUAAAGGAUGAAACCAAGCCCAACCAUUUUUUGCAUGCCUGCCAUGGUUUGGAGCAUGACGAAAACAGCCAUUGUCACCAGUGUACAUCUACAUUGAACAAAAUAAAUCCCCCACCUAAUCCUGCCCCAGUCACAGUGCAGGUGGCCCCACUUCUUAGCUGUUCUAUUGUUCCAUCAGUCACCCUUUCCAUAUGCACCAAGCGUGCUGAGAAUUUGCACUAUAACACACCUUUACCAUCCGUAGAUGCUGAUGCACCUAAUAAUACUUGCACGGCAGAAGAUAUGUCCUGUAACUCACCACUCAUUUCAAAUCCUCCAUUAUGUCACAGUAGCCCAGUAUCCAGUAAACAAUCGUUUUUACAAGGCAACUCUUUGAAAAACACAGACCCCCCACCCCAUAAUCCAUCACAAUUAUUAUCUGCACACUGUUCUGAACACAUUGAUGAGGAUGUCUAUGCAGACAAUAUCCCUUCCACCAGCAUAGAGACAGUAUAUUCUGCACUACAGAGCCCUCUGCGCACACAUCAAUCGGUGGAUGCUCAGCCAGAACAAGAUAUCGAUGGGUUAGACUAUGACUUACCCAACAGAUCUCCAGAGAGUCCUUCAAGCCAUAAUGAAAGAACGGAGCCUCCCACAGAAGAAUAUUCCCAGGUUACCUCCACCCCUGUGAGGAAUAGAUCUACCCAUUCCUUGGUGCUAACGUCUUUAAACCACAGCCAUGAUGUGGUUCUACCAACCUCCUCUUAUAAUGGUGACAUUAAAGAAGGAAACUUCAGUGGAUGCUGUCAUCACCGAGAUGGCUCAAGACUCUAUAUUCAAUUUGAAGUGCAUUCUAUCUGCUCGGCUGGCUUGCCUUUAUUUAAUGUUUGGGUAACGAAGGAUUUAAUGCAGAGCCAGAGAGAAGCAAUAGCCAGAACACAGCUUCUGCUUUCCAGUUUGGCAAGUUCAUCACAGUCUUUGCUGGAGCAGUCUGAGCGAAGUCUUGGAGAGCUUAUCCGCAGCAAUGCUGAAGCUGGACAUUGCACCGAGAUUCAGGACCUUCAGACGCUGGGAGCCUGUGACGGCGAGUAUGAUCAGCAGUAUGAGACUCUCUUCCCUCUCGGAAAAGGCGCUUUUGGCUUUGUAUGGUCAGCUAAACACAGGGAAGAUGUGAAGGAGGUUGUAGUAAAGUUUAUUCGUAAAGAUCGAGUGCUCGAUGACUGUUGGGUGCAGGAUCCUGAACUUGGGAGGGUAACUCAGGAGAUUUCUAUUUUGUCCAGGUUACAGCACCCCAAUAUUAUCAGGGUACUGGGGGUGUUUGAGAAUGAUACAUUCUUUCAGCUAGUAAUGGAACUGCAUGGAGAUGCUCUUGACCUCUUUGACUUUAUUGACAGUCAGCCAAAUCUGGAUGAACCUCUUGGCAGCUACAUCUUUCGACAGUUGGUAUCAGCAGUGGGAUAUCUACACAGCCACUGUAUUUUGCACCGGGACAUUAAGGAUGAGAACAUAAUAAUUGCCCCUGACUUCACUAUAAAGCUAGUUGAUUUUGGCUCUGCUGCUCGUUUACUGCCUGGGAAGCUGUUUUCUACCUUUUGUGGCACCACCGAAUACUGUGCACCAGAGGUGCUGCUCGGCAAUCCGUAUCCUGGUCCAGAGCUGGAAAUGUGGUCUCUAGGAGUGACUCUCUAUACCCUCAUUUUUGGAGAAAAUCCUUUCUGUGAAGUUGAAGAGAUCUUGGAGGCAGAACCGAAUCCUCCAUUUGCUGUAUCCCAAGAAUUGCAAGACCUGAUUUCUGGUCUUCUUCAUCGGGAUCCUGAAAUGCGCAUGACUCUUGAUGAGCUCCUCAGGGACCUGUGGGUGACGCAGCCUGUAAACCUUGCUGAAUAUACCUGGGAGGAGGUGUAUUCAGCUAACUCCCAGAAAGAUGAAGGAUUGGAGCAGUUUCCUGUCGGCUACAGCACUGAGUGGAAUGGAGAUUUUGGGAGUCGGAAAGACUGAUGAAGAUACCUCCGGGAGAUGCAUAUAAUAUCCAGAAGAAGCCAGACUGUAGAUUACAUUGCUUGUAAAGCGCUCAUAACCCAACUAUACCCAGAUUUCACUGGAACACAUACA